AUGCGAAAAAAACGCCUCACAACAUCUAAGACAACCCCUAGAGCUGUACGCAGGUCUAGCUCCGUUGCCGGCCUCCUUUACGACAUUUCAGAUAGCCAACGCAUCCCCCUGGGAACCAGCCACGACACAGCCUUUAAAUACGUGUUCGUUGAGAACGGGGAACCAUAG